CUGCGACGUAUGUUUCAACGAGUUUGAUGAGGGCUGUCGUCUGCCAAAAAUAAUUGUAUUGUGUGGGCACACAGUGUGCCAGUCGUGCCUGACAAAACUGCACGAACGAAAGUGUCCUACUGGCUGCGGGGGGACUAUUGGUGACUCACCCGAGGGACUUCCCACCAACUUUAAGUUGCUGGACGCUGUCAGAGCGCACAGGGCUUCCCGCGUGUGGUGCUUCGAGUGCAACUCCACCGGAACCCGCACAUGCCGGGACCAGCACAUGACCCUCUGCGCGAAGGCCGCUCUGAAGCGUCAACUCGUCCGAGUGCCGGCAGAGGCUGCGGCUCAGCUCGAGACACUACCGGGCCAGUGCCAGGAGGAGCAAGCGGUGCAGGCGCUCACCCUGCUGAACAGCGCGUCCUGGGUCUUAGCCAUACGGGCCAGCUCGGCCGAUGGGCAGAGAACCACCCUAAAGGGAAUUCUACGGAACACCGGGGCGGACCCCCUGUUCAAGGCCAUGUGUCUGGCGCUCACGGUGAAGGCGGAACUGACAAUGUUCAGGAGUGGAAACAACACAGAUAGCGGAGUAGAAUCAGUAGAAGCGGUCCCACCCCCAAGCACUGCGGCGGGGACAGCGGCGCCCACCCAAACCCGAGGGCCUCCAACCGGCGUGCCCCCUCAAACACCACUGCCGGAACCUCCCCAAGUACUCCAACCUGCACCUUCAGUACCUGCCCUACCUCUGGCGCUGGUUGUGGACCGAAACAUUGGUGAUACUGCUGCUGGCGCGUCGGGCGCAGUAGCCCAAGUUUUGCCAGGACCGUCGGCGCCCCUUGUUCGCCCAACUGUGGGCCCAUUGCGACCGCGACCCCCUGGACAACCCCUAGUGUUUCCACCUGCACCUGCGCCCUCGGUACCUUCCAGAGCUAUUCGGGAGAUGAACGUGUCGGAAAGUUAUAACAACGAGGUUAGAGCUGCGGCGGACCUAGAGCGCGUCCAGGGGGUGGGACGGCUAAUCGGCGUGUCCUGCAACAUAAACCCUGAAUGGAACCUCCAGCUGCUCCGGUUAGCCGCACCCACCCUGGAGGAGCUAAGGGUGCGUAACCCCCGUGAGGAUCACCUGCGCGCGAUACACGCCAUGCCGAGGCUGAGGGAUCUGCAUGUGGCUUAUUCCCUGCCCUGGGAGUCUGACGACAUCGUCCUGCCCGCCAUCCCACCGGAGAACGACGGCCUGCGGUUCCUGAGGGCGUACUGCUUCCCGCCCGACACCCUGCAGUCCCUGCUCCGGGCAAACAGGCGCACGCUGGAGGUGCUGGAACUGAGCAUUGGCAUGUUGUCCUCUAUGGCAUCUGUGGGCGGGUCAUGGCUCUGCGGCCGCUUCCAGCUGCUCCACUUAGUGAACGAGUGCGACUUGGAGGCGCUGACGAGGCUCGUGCUGUUCAGGGUGGGGAUGCCGUCGUCCCACGACAGGGGAACCUGCGAGGAGUUGCGCCGCCUCGUACUCGACUUGCUUCCGCGGGCAGAUGCAGCGGUGCUGUGCGACGAGUGCGACAGACUCCCUGGCGACAGGGUCGGGCAGUUGGCCCUCAUGUGACGGGGUGGUGCCAACCUCGCCCGCGACAUCACACACGACUACUGUCAUGUGACCCGAAGACAGACUGUCUGUGAAACGAGUCGCCCGAAACGGCAACUGGCUGGUACUGGAAUAUUAUUGUGUACCUUCGCGGAUAUAGAGACAGUUCACAAGGGCCCUGUCCUGUCUAAUAAAAAGUCGCCCUGCCCGCAUUAACGACUUGCUCAUCAGAGCCGGAGCUAUUCGCAAAAGCCCUCGCCCCGGCCCGGACCCCGGGACCCCCGGUUUUAUUGCGUUCAAUAAUUGUGGCCCGAAGCGUAAUAAACUACAGUUUUAAAACCAUCACGUGACGUUUACUCAUAUCGCGCAGUUUACGGUUGUUGUCGCACCAAUCAUAAUUGACGAGCCCAGCAGCCCCCGCCCCGCCCCGCCCCGCCUCUCUGGAUUCACCUGCUACUUUGCGAUGUCUUCAUUAACUGCAGCACCGCGGGCGGAGCAAAAGGCUUUGCGAGAGACCUGUGC